AUGCCGACUACGCGACGCGACUACAUGGAUGAGGAGAUGGAGAUGUCCUCUUCACCAGAUCCUCUCAACGACACGCCUACAUUCCAUGGCUUUGCCUCUGUAAGACCGAAAUCGCAGACGCGCCGAUCCACUAGACCACGACAAUCCCUCCCAAUGAGCGGAAGUUCACCAAAGAAACAAAUGUUUGAAUUGGAUGUGGGAGACACGCUCUCUCCACAGAAGAUUAGAGUGACGGUGGAAGCCAGCGAGUCCGACGCCGAGGGAUUCUACACAAACUAUAUCGGCGAAGAAGAGCAAUCGCCCUUGAAUUCUCACGCGCCUCGACGGGAGCGAACUUUUACAACCACUGUUCCUGUUAAAGGUUUGUCGGACACGGAAAGCGAAGCGCAAACAACUGCAACUCCAAAAAGGAAAGGAAGACCCAGGAAAUCAAUUGGCACUCCAAUCCUAUCAAAGAAGCGCUCGCGCGCUGCCACCCCAUCUCGAAGGGCAACCCCAAGGAGAAAGUCGUUUGGAGAACCAGGAUGGGAAGAACCAGAAGAUAAGACUUUCUCGGUUGGCAAGAGCAUAGAGGUGCCCCCGCGUAAACGGAGAUCAGUGUCUCGAAUAAGGAAAGGAUCACAACAAAAGUCUUCCUCGCCAACGGCAACCAACCGUGCAGAGCAGACGCCAUCUACUUCUGCAAACAAGAGAAGUCGAGGAAGAAGGAAGGCAGUCAAUGCAGAGGAUACUGCAAAUUUUGACGAUCAUAGCAAUAUUUUCAAUCCUCAACAAGAAACGGAGGAUAACUUUGUCGUACCCAACCCUGUCUCUUCCCCAACACCAUCGAAAGGCCUCCCCGCAGAAAUAAAUUUCUUAGAAAUGGGCCAGGAAGAUGUUGUAAUUGCAAGAUUUGAUCCUGGCAAUGAAACGCCUCAAAAGCCCGGAUGGUCAAGCCUGGAUACUUCGAGGCAGGCAGAAGAAGAGUUUGUCAACCACGCUUCGGUCUCUCCGGAGCCUGUAUCUUCACGACGCUCCAAAGGGAAAUCUAUCGAGUCGUCGAUUGCCCGGUCGUCUAGGUCACAUUCUGUAUCAUCUGGUGGGAAUAUCCAAUAUGGUGGAGACGGCGAUUCGGAUGGGAUGGUAGAUGGACUGGAUGAGGAUGAAGACGAAAAUGCAAAUGAUCGCGAUCAGACGAGAGAAUUUGAUACAAUAAUGGAAAGCGAGGAAUUUAGCAUGAUAUCCAUGGACUCACUAAAUCACAGCACUCCUUGGAACCGAACGCAAACCCACGAAACACCAAAUCCCCCUAGGACCAAGAGCCUUUUAUCAAUACAGCAAUCCGCAGGAGAUAACGAUGUAGAUGCUCAAAAUCACGGGCGAGAAACAAAUGAAGCUACGCCACAGCCAUCUCACAGCCCCGGCUUAGUACCAUCGAGUCCUAAAGAUGCUUUACACGAUUUUGAUGUUUCUGUUCCUCAAGACUCACGACCCCUUAUGUCAAAAGUACCACCAAAUCAUGAGCCUGAGACCCAAUACGACGACGAUUCCUUAUCAACUAUACCGCCAGAGAUACUCGAGGCUGCAUCUCCGGUCAAAGAUCCCCCAAUAUCAACAUUUGUAGCGGCAACCAUCAAACACGACGAAGCGUACGAGGAUUCUUUUUCGGAAAUUCCUCAAGCGAUUCUCGACGCAGCCGCACCAAGAACUGCUAAGACACAAACGCAAACGGUAUUCAAGGUGGAUAAUUCAUCGGUCGCGGCCUCGACAUCAAUCAAUACCCCUGGCUCAAAAUCAGGUCUGUUAUCAUCUCUCGCUAUAAAGUCUACGAGUCCUCGUCUUCUCACCCCUGAGGAAACCCCGUCGCCUCCUUGCGAGUCACCCAUGACGAAGGCUUCUACGGGAGGUGAAAAUCGGCCCACUGAGCCUGUUGACGAGAAGCAGAGUGUAAAUGAAGCGCCUACUACGUGUGCGCAGAUACGUUCAUCGCCCCCUCCUCGCAGAUAUACCUAUACGGCGCAUCUUCGUCAACAUCAUCAGCUACAUGCAGAUGCCGCCGAGACGCCGUCGAUCAAAUUCUCAUCUCCGCAGUUGCCCCCGCCUGUUCCACAAACCCAUGAGCAGGUCGGGUGCCCGGAAGAGUUUCCAGAAGGCAGAAGGCCAACUCUAUCUCCUAUUGCCAAAGCAGGACGUAUACUCCAGGACGCUCUUGUACCUUCAUCGUCAUCAAGAUCUCGGUCACAGAGUUUAGGAAGCCCUUUCAAAAGCCCAUCUGCCAAUAGAAACCCUUCAAGUGUUGCAAGAGAAUUCCAAUUUUCAUCCUUGGAAGAACGUCAUGAGAAGGCUUUACCUAAACUCUGUCUGACUGAUAAUUUCGCAGCAUUUUCGAACAUGGAACCUAGAUGGAGUCCAUCCGGUCGAGAUGACCCAUUCAACAGUGCUACACGUAGCCAUCAAUCGCCAUCAAUAGAGCAAAAGGAACAAUACACCGUUGAACCGUCUCGGCGACCUGUUUUGUCUAACCCACGUUUUUCAAGCCUUCGAUCGCAGAUUGGCUCUGUAAGAAGCGAGGAUGCCAUGAGUUGGCAAGCUGAAGCCGAAAUUGCUAUUAGCGGUAACCAAGCAUCAAACCCCAAGAGUGUUCCCGAAAAUCCGAGAAGUGUUACACCAGAACCAACCAGAACCUCCCCCAUUAGACAAAUCUCAACUCCUCCGCGAGAGAAAGCUUGGGCAGCAGAGAGAGCCGCGAUAAGCAAGCAAAUUGAGUCCGCCGAAGAUAACCAAGUUCUUGUCAUUAAUUCUGAUGAUGAUUCCAAGUCACCUGAAAGCGACGAUGAGGACUUUGGGCUAUUGCUGGAAACGAUGGGAACCGCCUCUUCGCCCUUCUUACAAGAUCACUCAGACAACCCCAAGACGGUCACAGAAAAACCAAGACGAAGCAAACUACCAAGUCCAUGGAGAAAAAAUAGUAAGCGGCUAGUUUACAGCGAUGAACUGUCACACAUGUCAUCACCUGUUGUUGAAAAACGACCACAUAUCCCAGGAAAAAUCAUCGGCGAUAUUGACGUUAAACCGCUGACGGCAAGACGCGUUUUAACAAGUCAAGUCAAUAACGACUAUAGUCAAGAAGACAUGGAUUUAUCAGGAUGGCAAAUACCACAGAAGUCGAACUUCAGGCCUCAAACUCUUGAAAGGGGUAACUUGACUCUAUCAACUUUAUUAGCAUCUCCUCCGAAGAGACUCCCCGUGCUCCCAACAAGCUCUGGUGGAGUGUCAUUUCAGUCUUCUCAAAACACCACCACCAGCUCUCUAUCGAAUCGACGCGGCAGAGAAGAAACACCAGAUCCUAGCAACGAUUCCAUCGAGGCAAGAUUGUCCUUCACUCCUAUCCCACAGAAGAUGGGAUUCACGCCGAGACCCCGAAGUAGGGCGGAGAACUCGCAAGAACCACCCGCCACACGGUUUGAGGUCGAAAAGUCUACCGAUAGCAAUGGAAUAUCAAACCCAGGCGUCCUUCGACUCAAUCCCUUCGCCCGCCAAAAGACCAACCUUCCGAUUUCAAGCACCCCAGCUUCGGACAUUCCGUCUUCUCCUGAUUACAUGAACGACACAAAUUCAUCAGUAACAUCGACAUCUGAAAAAGAGAACCCUAGAGUUGAAAACAGAAAUUUGAAAUGGACCGAAGCUGUCGGUUUGGUAGCAAACUCUCUUCAAGCACCCCCCUCACCCACCAAAUCUAUCCUGAGAUCACCACUCAAGGCGCCAGCACGUGGACCAGGUUCCAUACAAAACAGUCCCUCUAAAGCAGUGGCAUGGGUAUCCUCUCCCGCGUCUUCCACCGGGUUACAUUCCCCUUUUUAUCGGCCCCUUUCAGCAACAGAAUGGACUAGAGAACACUGGCAGGUUCUUGAGUACAUUGUAUUGAAAUGGAAGCCUGAGAAUCGACAAGCCUCUCCUGACGUUUAUGGAUCAGUGAGGAGAAGACAUGAUACGAGAGUGGUUAGUAGAUUAGUGGGGAGAAGUGUUAGUUCCCUUGGAAAGAGGAUGAUAUUGCAACAAUGGCAUUUGGACGCUGUGGAUGAGUUUAGGUUUAAAGUUCCGGGGUGGCAGGAGAAGGCUAUUGCACUGAGAGUCUUUUCGCUCAUUGUCGCAGAAGAGAAUAGGAGGGCGAGGACCUUGGUGGAAGAGACUAUGGCGGCACAAAGAAGUACGGAAGUCUAG